AUGGUAAAGAAGAGAAAGAACAAGUACGACUUCUCCCCUCACCCUCCCCGCCUCAAUUUCAUCCACCUCGUCGCUGUCAACCGGGACGGCCGCAACAAGAAGGGCCGCGGCCACGUCAAGCCCAUCCGAUGCAGCAACUGCUCUCGCUGCACCCCCAAGGAUAAGGCAAUCAAGAGAUUCACCAUCCGCAACAUGGUUGAGUCCGCCGCUAUCCGUGACAUCUCGGAUGCCUCCGUCUUCGCCGAGUACACCGUACCCAAGAUGUACCUGAAGCUGCAGUACUGCGUCUCUUGCGCUAUCCAUGGCAAGAUUGUCCGUGUUCGAUCUCGCGUGGGCCGCCGCAACCGCGCUCCUCCCCCGCGUGUCCGCUACAACAAGGACGGCAAGAAAAUCACUCCCACUACCCCCAAGGCUUGA